CAUACCCCGUCUAUCCUCUUCUGUUCCACUGCCAUGUAGAUAUCACACUUUAUAGGAUGACAUUUACCACUGGUCCGGGCCCCUGCCAUGGGCUCCUGAUAUCAAGCUGCCGGCCACCCCUCUGAAGAUGUCUGCAUGGUUGACCUUCAUGGUGGUAUAGAACAUACAGCACGCAGACAUGGGGUCCCUCUGCCUGGCAGUAGAGUGGCCUUUGGGUGGUCUCCAGUGCACAGGCCCGGGGGAGGGGUGAAGGACAGACACAGAUGGAGACUUGGCCGUGGCCCAGGACACUCAGACCUGGAUUAUUUAUUCCUGGGAUCCGACGACCUUCACAGUCACAGCUCCGAUACCCUCCACAGUCUAAGGUUCGGGGAUCGCGAUGGCAACUCCAGGGUCUCACCGGACCCUCCAGAUACUCAGGAGGCAAAUGGCAACAUCAUCUCAUGGGCCGGGAGGGGGUCGCACAUGGAAGAUUUUGACCUUCCUCGUGGCUCUUCCUGGGGUCGGGGUCUGUAUGCUGAACGCCGGACUCCAGCACCAGAAUCACCCACAUGAGACCCCAGAAUUCAGACCCUACGAUCAUCUACGUAUACGCACCAAGCGUUUUCCAUGGGGCGAUGGGAAUCACACCCUGUUCCAUAACCCUCACGCCAACCCUCUGCCCACUGGAUACGAGGAGACGGGGCACAAGCACUGACGCUAAUCUACAGCCGGGACCUGUAAUAAUCCCCUAUAAUCUGUAAUCUAUAAUAAAUAUUGUUCUCCCAGAGACACCAGACUGAUGUAAUGCCUUCACGUAUAGCCAGGGGGCCCCGCAGUCACCUCUAAUCACCCCUCCCUCUCUAUAACCGGGGGAUCUGACUUA